AUGUCGCUGUCGGACGAGCAGCAGCGCACCCUAGCCAUCGUCGAGCGGUCCGCCUCGGUGCUCUCCAUCCUCGGCGUCCUGACCAUCAUCCUCACCUUCAGCUUCUCCCGCCACUUUCGCAACCCCAUCCAGCGGCUGAUCUUCAUCAAUGCCUUUUACAACCUGUUCGACUUUGCGGCUACCAUGAUCUCGCUCAGCGGGCCUGACGCGGGGAAUCGGUCGGCAUUGUGCCAGUUCCAGGGUUUCUGUCUGCAAAUGUUUCCACUCGCAGAUGUCUUUUGGACACUGGCCACGGCUCUUGAUGUCUUUCUGGUGGUCUUCAAACAGUACGAUGCAGAGGCAUUACGCAAGCUGGAGAUGAAAUACAUUGGCAUCAUCACGCCUCUGGUGUUCAUCCCAGCCCUCACGUUUCUCUUUAUCAACACAGAAGACCGAGGGCCCAUGUAUAGCAGUGUGAUUCUGUGGUGCUCAAUCUCUCCGAAAUGGGUGCUGUUCCGUAUACUCUUCUACUACGGACCAAUAUGGGUUGUCAUCGCCAUCAUCCUCAUCCUCUACUUCCUCAUCGGCCUCGAGAUCUUCAAGCUCAAAGGCAAAUUCGAAAUGGCCAGCGACAACCGCAUCGAGCUGGCCUCGACGAUUUCCACGACCAACGUGUCUUUCGACCAGACCGACACCAGCUUCAAAGUGAACGCCUCCAAGCCUCUCCAUAUCUCUGACUCGCACGAUACACACAGAUCUUCCCUCCAGCAGCUCACUCCCUCGCAGGCGCCGCCAUCUCGCAGCAUCACCUUGAAGCUUCCCAAACAGUCGCCCGUGUCGUUCAGACACUACCUUCUCAUGCCAGUCAUAUUCUUCCUCAUUCUGCUAGCCACCUGGGUCGCACCGACCAUCAACCGUGUUGAGGCCUUUGCUACUCCUGGCCAUGAGUCCUAUCCAUUGCUGCUGGCUGUGGGCGCGAUGGGCUCACUGCGUGGCUUCUGGAAUGGAGUUCUUUUCAUUGCGAUUGGGAUGAAAGGGUGGAAAAGACAGAAGAGGUUGGAGAAGAAGUUAUUUCCCAGGCCAGCAGUUAGAUAACGAUAGAAAUAUAAAC